AUGGUGACGGACACCUCGGAUGACUUGGUAGAAUCUACAAAGAGAUAUCUGGACGCAGUAUUCGGAUCUGACUCUAGCUUACUCCCCGCCGCCUCUUCCCUCUUAACAAGCAUCGACGCUGCAGAUCGUGAGUUUAUCACUUCCAAUACCUCUCCAAAAGCCUCUACUAAAAAUUCAGAAACAGAUUCAACUGUACCAACUGAUGAUACAAAGAGAACAUCUACUGAUUCAGCAUUAUCAAUACAAACUAAUGAAACUGCCGACUCUUCAACUGACAGCAACGAUAUCGACGUUACUGAUGAUACUCUACAGGUAAACGCGCCGACGCGAACAGAGAUAAUGGGUGUGCUUGAGACCACAUUAAAACAAAAAUCUAUGAUAGGGACUGACAACGACGAGGAAUGUAACCCGGAAGACGUAGCAGAUGUCACAGACGAGUUGUACGUUGAGCCAAACAAUUCAUCUCAUUUAUUCUGGGUGCCUGCUCAUUUACAUCCGGAAAUAGCUCCCAAUGAAUUCAGAAAAUGGUUACAAACUCACGCAAAUGCAGCUGAAAGUGGAGUUGGCACUAUAAAACGCCAGAAACUGCCCGAGAAAAAGACACCCGCAUUCGAUUGGGAAGCUUUUGGAGCAUCAGAGGAUACACUUAGUCCUAACGUGGAAUCAACAAAACUCACUAUUCUUCGAAGAAGUCUGAGCUUGGAUUUGCCGCCGUUCAUGGCUUCGACGAUAAAUAACAGUCAAUUCGAUCGGCACUCAUCACCAGAGGACGAUUCACCCGUUCUCGUGCCCAGAGUAGCUCCGGCACUCAAACGAACGGCUCGCACCAAACUUCGUCGUAACUCGAUAGCGGGAGAACAACCAUGCCGUCAUGCUCCUCCCCAUCGAAGAACAAAAUCUACUCAAGCCACUCCGGAUAACGAAUCGAACAUCACGGGUACAUCACCAACUAUUAUAGUCACAUCAGAUGACACGGCUUUAGCAGAUGCUGCUACAGAAGGUGCUGCCGCAGCCGACACUGGGGUUGUUCGCAUCACUUUAACAGACAAUCCAGUACCAAUUAUAAUCACACCGGCUGACCCUGUAGUCAAAACUGAGAAUAGACCCAAAAGAAGCAGUUCGCUACCACAAGAUACAUCAAAAUUGGCUGAAAAGCUAGAAACCGUCCAAGAAUCAUCACCCGAAGAAGUAAAAUCACAGUCAAAUAAAACUGGCGCGCCAACAACAUCAUCAGCAAACGUCGCAAAGAAGUGGUAUCCGUUUUCAAAGAGUACGUCUAAAUCUGAUAAAGAGUCUAAAUCUGAUAAAGAGUCGAAACCUGAUAAAGAGUUGAAAGCAGAUAAAGACGUGACCGCAGAAAAGGAUGUAAAAGCAGAUAAGGAAAAUAUUGUUGAUAAACCACCGGAGAGUACAAGCGGAGAAAUUGUGGUAAAAGAAAAGUCAAAACCUUCCACAAUAUCCACACUGUUCGCACUAUUCUCAUGGUCAUUGCAGAAUAAAUCUAAAACAUCUUCCGAAGAAAACAACACUUUAAUAGCGUCACCUCCCACAGAAUUGCCAUCUCCGACAACCCCCAAAAAGACGAAAUAUUCCAACUAUUGUCGCUUCCCUCUGCAUGUAGAACGUGCUAUUUAUCGCUUGUCUCACAUAAAGCUUGCCAACCCUCGCCGUCCAUUGCAGGAACAAGUACUGAUAUCGAACAUGAUGUUUUGGUAUCUUUCGCUUAUCAAUAAACAGCAGACUGAAUAUGGUGGCGAAGGCAAUCCUAAAGCACGGAAGGAAGCGAUGAAGGUGAAGAGUAAAGUUGGGAAAUCGAAUGGUGGUAGGAAAAGAAAAAAAGGAAAGAAAAAGGGAGCGGGUAAAGGACGCAAGCGCAAUUCUGGUACCGAGGUCGCAUACAAGGCUCCUCAGUAUGACGUCCAACAAGUACAGAUUGCUCAGCAAUAUUUGACUCCGCCGGCGUCUCCUGCACAGAGUACGUCGCCAUAUUCGUUUAGUGACAGUGAUUCAGAAUCAGACUGUUCUACAAAUAGCGACGUGGAAUUGGAAUCUUACGGAUAUCACCACUAUGCUGAUGACUAUAUGUCGGACGGGACAGAUGGUGAAUAUCUCGCUGAUGAUGGAUACACGGAUCAAAAUGGCCUGAAUGCAGCUACGAACGGGCACGGGUCUUCACUUAAUGGACUUGCUCCACCAAAGAAGCGAGCGCCAUCGCCGCAUCCGGGAGGACACCCACAAGUUGGUUUGGUGAAUGGUCAGGGAUCUACAGUAAAGACUUCUGAUGAUGAGGAUGAUGACGUUCCGCUCGGCUUGUAUAAAGUUACGCAGGUAUCUGAGAAGUGA